GGCGCGUGACGUCAUCACGGGGGCCAGCCAGGCAGCUGGGUCUCCUUGAGAGAGAGAGAGGGAGGCUGCCAGUGGCAGCGUUGGCCUCGUUGUUGUUGUUGUUGUUGUUGUGUGAGGCGGAGGGCGCCAUGGACCGCUUCGCGUGGACCAGCGGCCUACUGGAGAUCCACGAGAACCUGGUCACGCAGCAGCGCGGGGUCCGCCUCUACGACGGCGAGGAGAAGCUGAAGUUUGAUACGGGGACAUUGCUCCUGAGUACACACAGAUUAAUCUGGAGAGAUCAGAAGAACCAUGAAUCUUGUAUGGCUAUUCCUCUUUCACAGAUCAUCUUCAUUGAAGAACAGGCAGCUGGGAUAGGGAAAAGUGCCAAAAUAGUGGUUCAUCUUCAUCCAGGCCCUCCCAACAAGGAACCUGGCCCUUUCCAGUGUAGUAAAUACUCAUAUAUCAAACUUUCCUUUAAAGAACAUGGCCAGAUUGAGUUCUACAGGAGACUGUCAGAAGAAAUGACGCAACGGAGAUGGGAAAACAUACCUGUUUCUCAGACCAUAGAGGUCAACAGAGGCUCACAGACAGGCAGAAUACGAGCAGCAGGAAUUGUUGGUAUUGAGCGGAAAUUAGAAGAACGAAGGAAAGAAAUGGAUAAAAACAUUUCUGAAGCUUUUGAAGAUCUCAGCAAGCUCAUGGAAAAGCAGGCUAAGGAAAUGGUGGAACUGUCUAAAUCAAUUGCCAACAAGAUAAAAGAAAAGCAAGGUGACAUCACUGAAGACGAGACAAUCCGAUUUAAAUCCUAUCUCUUGAGUAUGGGUAUAGCUAACCCCGUUACUAGGGAAACCCAUGGAUCUGGUACACAUUACCAUAUGCAACUGGCAAAACAAUUAGCUAGAAUUUUACAAGCACCUCUAGAGGAACGUGGAGGAAUAAUGUCACUGACAGAGGUGUAUUGUUUGGUGAAUCGUGCUCGAGGCCUGGAGUUGCUCUCACCUGAAGAUCUAGUAAAUGCCUGUAAGAUGUUGGAAGCACUCAAAUUACCUCUAAGGCUGCGUAUAUUUGACAGUGGGGUUAUGGUGAUGGAGCUCCAGUCCCACAACGAAGAGGAAAUGGUGGCUUCUGCUCUAGAGACAGUGUCUGAAAAGGGAUCUCUUACAGCAGAAGAGUUUGCAAAGCUUGUAGGAAUGUCUGUACUUUUAGCCAAAGAAAGGCUGCUUCUAGCUGAAAAGAUGGGCCAACUGUGCAGAGACGAUUCUGUAGAAGGCUUGCGAUUCUAUCCAAAUCUAUUUCUUACACAAAGUUAAUGGCAUACUUGUUCCCUCAUUCCAAAUAUGUUUGCCAGGUGUAGCCUGGAUUAAAGGCUAGCAGUAAUGCAUCUCUUACCCAGUUGAUGUAAUGGCUUAUGUCAGCCAUAAUGACAAACAAAUAUUUCCAGUGGUGGGAAGUGCCCUAACGUGGAAACUAUGCUCAGGUCCUGUGGGCAAAUGGAUCUAAAAAUUUUAUACAACAUGCUACUUGAAUCUUAUUUCCUUAUGUAGGAAGGAAAGUGAUCCAUAAAAGGAGAGGGGGUUACUGUGGCUUGUCUGAAGAUAAACAGAAUACAAUAAUGUUUACUUAUUAUAUUUUUUCAACCUCUUUUUCCCCCCUUCUAAAUAUGGAUUUUGUAUCUGCGACUCCAAAUAAAUGCUUUACCUAAUCAUUGGUAUCAAUGUAACUCAAAAUAAUGUAGACUGUGCCUGCUCUUUCCAGUUACCACUGCAUAAUUCCCUUAGAAAGGGCCUUCAUUUUAGGAACAAAACUAUACUGUGUAUAUUUGCUUGUAAACCAUCUUCGAAUGGGAGGAUUUGUGCUGAAUGUUAAGACAAGAAGGAUUGUGAACUCAGAUUUCCUUCCUUCCUUCCAUUCUUUGAUUUUCAGCCCUAUGUGGUUGCUAUUUUUGUCUUCUCUUUUACAUAGUGGUAAAGGAGGGCAUUCUGCCAUCUGUUAAAUAGUACAAUGGACUUGUUUUCAUCAUUCUAUUAAAGCAGCCAUUCAUCUAAC